UUUGUUAUAGUGAUAAUUGUUGAAACCGGAGAGAGAGAGAGCAAUUGGAGAGAUAUCCAAACCCCAGCGCAAAAGUAUAGAGCUUGCAAAACCCUACUCUCUCUCUCUCUCUCUCUCUCUCUCUCAUAAGUCACAAACAGAGAUAUAAUAAAGAGCAAAGGUGAGGAAAUUAUGGCAUCAAAGUUGCAUCUAUUGCAAUCAAAGGUAGCCGAGGCUUCAAAGCUUGUUUCCAAGCACGGAUGUUCCUACUACAAGCAGCUGAUGGAGCAGAACAAACAAUAUAUCCAGGAGCCACCUACCGUGGAGAAAUGCCAGUAUUUGGCAAAUCAACUGUUUUACACUCGACUUGCCAGCAUUCCUGGUCGUUAUGAAUCAUUCUGGAAGGAACUUGAUUAUGUCAAGCAACUGUUGAAGAACAGGCAGGAGAUGAAGAUUGAGGAUGCUGGUAUCGCUGCUCUUUUUGGGCUAGAGUGCUUUGCCUGGUUUUGUGCUGGCGAGAUUGUAGGACGAGGGUUUAAAAUUACUGGUUACCAUGUCUAACUGCCUCAAGAAAAUGUGGUUUAGGUAUUCUAAUAGUUGAGAUGCUGGAAAUUUCUUUCUUCCUAUCAGUUUUUUACUCAAUGACCACAGUACAUUCUAUAUUUUAUUUGUUUCUGCCAGAAAUUUGUAAAACUUAUAGUAACGAGCAAAGUUUAUUUGCAGCAAUAAUCCCAAAUUUUAGCCUCCCAACAUUUUCUC